AUGGAUUUGACUAAGAAAACAACCAUUGUUAUACCAUUUGAACAAAUAGGGUAUUACGUAUACUCAGCUUGUAUGCCCAGUGUUUUUAUGAAAGCAAUGCUUUUUACAUUAGAAUACAAAGGUCGAGGCUAUGUAUUUAUUGACACAAGAGCAGCAAACAGAGUUGUUUACCUAAAUCAAUUGCACAUGGAAUAUGCCGAUGAUGGCAAUGUACUUGAAAGAUCAUGUAAGAAAUAUUCUGUUGGCAAAAAACUUGACACAAUACUAUCAAGAGAAGACGAUGGUAAUACUCAUCAAGGCAAUGGAAUUCAUGUAAGGUUGGAUAACACAACAGAUAGACAUUACUUAUCCUUUUUAUCUGAAAAUUUCAGAGUUGAAGUUAAAAUGACACUUUCAAUCAUUUGUCCCAAUGAUUGUAAUGCCGAAAAAGGAUUUGGAAGAUGUGACACAGAUUUAGGUGAAUGUGUUUGUAAAAAUGGAUAUGGUGGAGAUGAUUGCCACCUGUUGUGUUAUUACAAUAAUAUAUGGCAAAUCCCAGCUGAAUCAAAUUUGUGUUACUUUGGAUCCAAAGACUGUGACCAAUACUGUCAAUGCACAAACGGAAAAGGUGUAAAUAAUCACAUGUGCGUUACAGCUGAAUGUCGAAAUGGUGACAUAGGCAAUGGCGAUGAAUGCAAAUUAGACACCGAAGGUUGUGAUGGUGGAUGUCAUUGUGAUGACAAAAUGAAUUAUUCGAGUUAUGGUGGUGUAUGUGUUAGUAAUAAAUGUGGCAAUGGAAUAAUAGACAAGUACUAUGAAUCAAAUGGAAAGUAUAUUCGAACUGAAGAAUGUGACGGUGGCGUGAACUGUAAUAUCACUUGCCAGUGUAUUGAAGGAUUCAUCACUUCUCCGGAUGACCCAUUUAGUUGUAUCGAAAAAACGUUAAAUGCUGGUGAUAUUGUUGGGAUAGUAAUUGGUUCAAUUGCUUUCUUUGUUAUUGUGCUUGGCAGUUUUUUGAUUAUUUUUAUCUUUGUAUUUAGAUACAAGAAAAUAGAUAUCAACAUCUACAAAACACAACAACCGUCUUAUCAUUUCUAUAUCAGUGGAGCAACUCGAGCACUUAGUGGAAAACAGUCAAGGUAUUCAAUAACCCCAACUCGACUUGAUUUUGGCAAUGAUACCAAACUCACGGCAAUUGGACAUACAAGAUUCGAGAAAAUGGAAGUCAAGAAUUACUCAAAGAAUAAAUGGAUGAUGAUCAUUUUCCACACUCCAAACAACCCAGAAUACACCUUUUAUUUUGAUCCACAAGUGCUUAUAAUUCGUCCAAGAAUAGCUUCUCCUCAUACAGUAACUUGUUAUAUAACAAUUCAUUGUACUACUCGAAUUAGAGAUUUGAAAAUCCCAUAUUCGACAUUUGAGAAUUGGAUGGAUGAUGAUCGAAAGAAAAUGAAAAGUCUUUGUAAAGAUGUUAGAAGGCGACAUUACGAUAACUUGGUUAUAACCACAGAUGCCAUGAAUACAGUCCAUUUGGAUAUGGAUGAACUGAAUAUGUCUGAAACUCCAAUAGCCGAAGGUGCAAUGGGUAGAGUAUACAUUGGCAAUUACAGAAGUGUUCCGGUUGCAAUCAAGCAUUUAGAUGGGAGAGUCUAUCAGAUACAGAGAUGGCUGAACUGA